AUGUCAAUGCCAUCUACACCGAGAUGGCCUGCAGAUGAGACUGGUGUGCCUGAGAUAGUCGGUGAUGAGUGCUUCGGAGACUUGGCGGACAAACUGUGCCAAUUUUUUGAGCAUACUAUCAAGACGCCGCAUACAUUCGAAGACUUACGUAGAUCGCAAGAAGGGAAGGCCCUCCAGCCUCUCAUCCUACAUCUGUCCACCCAAGUCGAUCACCCUGCCCUCGUAUCCGCUCUCCUAGCUUUAAAAGGGCAUUUCUCAGCCUUGGAGGAAGCCAGCGAUGAACCGGGUGUGAACGAGGCGCGAGGUUAUGCAUGCGAAUUCGUUGCCUGGCAAUUCUUGACGAGCCUAAAAGAGGCAGAUGUCAUCGAGUCUCUGCUAGUGGAACUCCCGCCUGCAACGGCUCCGAGCACCCCAGAUGCAUCGAACGGCCAUCACAUGUACGAGGACGGACGCGACACUAUACAUGCGGACGAGCGAUCGCCUCUACUGCCGAUAUCCAACGGCGAUUACUUUGGCCACAGCGACUCUUCUAGAUCUCGCUUCGGGUGGUUGAUGUCGCAAUGCGAGAAUCUCAGUGCGCUGGAGCUUGCGACUGUAUCCGGUGCAAAGAAGUUCCUAUCGCAGAGACCGGUCCAGAAAAUUAUCAAUGGCUUGUGGAAGGGCGACAUCGUGUUUUGGGAGACCCUCAGUCUACACUCGGAGAAGAAACCGAAAAAGUACAAUCGGAAACAGGCCGACCCAUUCUCUCGCCUACGUGUCCCACUGUACCUAAAGAUAUUCGAGACGCUGUUCUUUGCGGCAUUCUUGGGGCUGUACUAUGCAGUGUUGGUGCAGCGCAACAACACCAGGGUGACCAUUCCUGAAAUACUGCUCUACGUGUGGAUCGCCAGCUUCGCAUACGACGAGUUCGCAGACUGGCUUGAUGCGGGGCAAACUUCAUUCUACGCUUCGGACUUUUGGUGGACCUGGGACAUUAGCAUUGUCGUGGUAGGCUUGGUUUUCUGCAUUAUGAGAAUCGUUGGGUUAACUACAGCCAACGCUGCCACCAUCGACCUCGCGUAUGACGUUCUUGGACUAGAGGCUCUCUUCCUCGUGCCGCGCAUCUUUGCUCUCUUGAGUCUCAAUCGUUACUUUGGAACCCUCAUUCCAUGCCUCAAGGAGAUGACCAAGGAUUUCGUUAAGUUUCUGUCCCUUGUAGUCAUUUUGUACCUAGGUAAGCCACUCGAUAUCCAAGCAGCUGUAUUCAUGCUCACCGGUAAAACAGGAUUCUUGACUACUUUCGUACUGCUAGCUCGCGAUAGCAGGUUUAAUCCCAAGCAGAUGGCAAGUUGUUCCAUCGGGGUCACUGACGCGCAAUCUGCUGACUCGUACAUCCUAGAGUUGGAUUCUAAUUAA